AUGAUUCAUUUCCUCCAGCGAGCCCAUGCAGUCAUCGAGGGGAAGGCAGAUGUGUCCAACCUGAUGACUGACCUUGACGGUCUCGAACUAAAAUUCGGCCUUCCUGUCUGGCACGCGGAGGCCCAUGACGCGAUCUGUCGGGCGAAGCUCGCGUUGAGCUAUGUGCGCGGGAUGGGCAAGGUUGAUGGGGAAGCCUCGGAGCGCUUUUGGUCAGCCUUGAAUCCGGCUAGCUGGGCGACGAAGGAGAUGGGCCAGGGUGCUCGCCAAGACACCUUGGAGGAUAAAAUCGACCAUUUAAAUUUCGAAAAAAAUGUGCAUUUAGGAAGGACCCUCGCGCGAAAGCUCAUUGUCGCAGUCUCUGAACGUCGCAGGCAAGGGGGUGAAUUUGCCAAGUUGGAUGGUAGUGUCGCCAAGAAGAGACGGGAGCAAUGGGCGGCCAUGAUGGAUGCAUGGUACGAGGACGACUCAAAGCCCAACCCAUUCAUCGUAGUCGGGGGGAAGGAGGCCGGUCCCUCAGAGCGUCAAAUAACUGAGGAGCUUAAUAAAGAAGAACUGGAGGAGGCUCGUCAGGGACGCCACGCGUUCCUCGAUGGCAAGAAGACAGUGACUGCUUUCGUCAAAGCAGGCCUAAGGCUAGAGGCAAUGCAAGCAAAGAUCAUUACAGCGCUUGGCAACACGGCGCUUGCGACCGCUGACCGAACGAGCAAGAUACAAGAACGUUGUUUAACCUUGUUGAAGGAGAUCAAGGCCUUCGAAACCCUCCAACUCACCUACAUGCCGGGUGUCGCUGAUCUGCGCGAAAGAGAUGAAGAAGGCCGAGACGCAGACUCACCGCCCCCUCAACCGGAGCGGCUCCGGUUAUAUCUGCCGUCCGAGCUGAGCGAGGAGGACCGCAGAGUGGUCGCAAAUGGUCGGGUUGUGGAGACAGAGGCGCGGUUGCGAAAGGGGCAAUGUGGGGAUGCAUUGACGGACUUGCGCAAAAAACUACAUGCCCAACAACACCUCUAUUGGUAUCGCGACAGCAAUAUGGUUGGGCAAAGGCAGCGCACCCGCUCAGUGACGCUGACGGCACGGAUGGAUGAGGGUCGUUCGGUGAUUGUGGCCAAGUACCGACGAGCUCAGGCGGCGAUGAUCGCUCUGAAGGGUUCGGCCUAUGCCCCUCAGUAUCGGCAGCUACUUGAUGAGGAUGUGAAUUCGCAUUGGAAUCCGGACGAUGCGGAGGAGGAGGAGGCCAGUCGAAGGCUUCGCAAUGCCGAUGGAUCGCGAGCUGCUCGGACGGAACCUAAUACCCGACGAGGGCCGAAAAAAAUCUCGUGGAUCUGGAAUGUUGGACAGGGUGUCGAUCAGGCCGAACUGCAUGACUCUUUCCGGGUAGAGUGGUGCAAGGCUCGAGCGAGGAAAGAGCGUUGGGACGAAGAGGUGGAGUUGCUGCGGGAGGAGAUGAAGAGGGUGUUGCGUUAUUUGCGAUGGGAGCAGCAAGAAUGGCAACGCCGCGCCGAGAGGGAAUGA